UAGCCGGUGGCACCUGCCGUCUGGAGGGGAGGGACAGGUGCAGGUGGCACAGGCUGGAGUCUGGGCCUGCAGGUGCCGCAGCUCCCUGUUCUUGUGAGGUGACGAAGAUCCUUUUUCAGCCACAGUUGGAGGUCUCUUCCCCCUGCUUCCGCCGAUGUAUUUCUGAAUGUUCAACAGAUGAAUAUAAAAGGUUACAGUCAGAAAAGGCCAGUGUGCAGUGUGGCAGAUCCGGGCCCUGGGCUCUUCCUGGCACCCGGGACCCAACAAAACACCUGCGCUCGUUGCUUGCUUGCUUUUUUCUUCUUCUUCUUCUUAAUUUCUAAAAACUGCCAGAGUAACGCAACUUGGAAAAAUGUCAAACCAGGCAACAUCGUGUAGAGUGAAAAUCUAAGCUUCCCGCUUUUGAAGGUGUCCUGCGUGCAUGUGUCCCUCCAGGGCUCCAGCCGUGGGGCGCGGUGGCCCCCCGCGACCUGUCCCCGCUGCCCUCCUCAGGUAGACAUCCCUGAGGCCCCAAGAGCAGAGAGCCGGGAGCCCCUGACAGCUGGCCUCCUCCUGGGAUGCUCCUCUGCAGUGUCUGGCCGGAGCACAGGGCAAAGUUGUCUCAGGCCGGGAAAACUCUGGGCCACACCAGACAGAGGCCCUGGGGUUUCAAGCCGAGCUCCCCACCCCCCGGGUGCUCCUCCUGUCUCCGCCUGCCUCACCCCUUUCCUGGGCUCCGGGGCAUCCCAUCUCGGCGUCUGUGUGGGAAGCGCUUGACCCUCAGACUCAGGGGGUCCCAGCUGUGGCUGGGCCCUGCCUGUGGGAGCUUGACCCGCUGAGCAGGGUCUCCCUGGGAGCAGAGGGGGGGGUCAGAGAUGCAGCCAGGACGAGGGUGCGACUCGGGGGUUUCAACAGGUGUCUGGUGAGGAGGGCUGAGCGCGGGUGAGCGGGAUCCUGGGAGAAAGGCCCCGAGCAGAGAGGGCCCAGGGGGGGCCCGGGGCCCUUCUCCCUGCACUGAAGUGGGCCCUGAGCUGACGUGGUAGCCUGAGGCCACACCCAGGAAGUGGCAGAACGGGCUCUACCACCUGGGUCCCCCAUGUCCCACACGGGCACCCUGCCAGGCAGAGACGACAGCCCACAUCUGUGGCCACCCCCGCCGGAUGCCACCUCUCCCUAAUGUCCCACAGCAACGGCCCGACAGCUGACAUGGGCUCUGGCAUCCCUGAGUACAAAGGGGAGCACAGUGGCAUUUGCAUGUGCGCUGGGUGAGGGCCCUAGGAAAAUAGGCUGCCUCUGUUUGCAGACUCAGAGCCCCACACCCCCUCUUCAAACAAAGGCAGAUCCCAUUCCAGGAGCUGGGGGGGUGGGGAGGGGGAACUUGCCCCAGCCACUCUGCUUCCGGGCCCAUUUGCCAGGCGAGGGGAGGACAUGUGAGUGGCCAUCGCCCACCCCCACGCCGGGCAGGGUCCCUCCCAGUUCUCUGCCUAUGGAACUGGCUUGGACUCAGCUGCCCAGACCAGGCUUGUGCUGAAAAGCUGGCCAUGACCUCGGAGGCCUCUUCUGGAAGCCGCCGUCCCAGGAGUGGGAUGCUGCGGAGACAGUCCCCGGAGGAGGACAGUACCGUCCUGAUCGACGUGGCCCCCGAGGCCGAGAAGGGCCACACUUACGGGAGCACAGCCCCCACCUCAGAGCUGAGUGGACACCGGGAGGCCGCCGGCAGGGUGGGGAGCCCCUCCAAGCCCCGAGUAGACUUCGUCCUCGUUUGGGAGGAAGACCUGAGGCUGGGUCGGCAGCAGGGUGGCGCCGGCCGGGACGAGACAGACACGCGCGGUGCCUGGAGGGAGACCUUUCUGGAUAACCUCCGCGCCGCUGGGCUGCACGUGGACCAGCGUGCUAUCCAGGGUGAGAACGGAGCAGUGCAGUACGUCCUCCUCAGGGCCCCCUGGGCCGUGCUCUGCUACUACGCUGAGGACCUGCGUCUGAAGCUGCCCCUGCAGGAGCUGCCCAACCAGGCCUCCAACUGGUCGGCGGGCCUGCUGGCGUGGCUGGGGCUCCCCAACAUCCUGCUGGAGGACGUGCCCGACGUACCCCCUGAGUAUUACUCCUGCCCGUUCAAAGUGAGCAAGCUGUCAAGGUUCCUCGGGAGUGACGACCAAGAAAACUUCUUUACCAGCACCGAGCGGCACCAGAUUCUGUUUGCGAUCCUGGCCAAGACCCCAUAUGGCCACGAGAAGAAAGGCCUGUGCGGGAUCGACCAGCUGCUGGCGGAGGGUGUCUUUAGCGCGGCCUUCCCCCUGCAUGAUGGCCCGUUCAGGACACCCCCAGAGGGCCCUCAGGCCCCGGGCCUCACCCAAAGGCAGGUUCUGUUCCGGUACUGGGCUCGCUGGAGCCAGUGGAACAAGUACCAGCCUCUGGACCACGUGCGCAGAUACUUCGGGGAGAAGGUGGCCUUCUACUUCGCCUGGCUUGGGUUCUACACAGGCUGGCUCCUGCCGGCAGCGGCAGUGGGCACUCUGGUGUUCCUGGCGGGCUGUUUCCUGGUGUUCUCAGACAUACCCACGAGUUGUGUAGCAGCACCGAUCACUUUGAGAUGUGCCCGCUCUGCCUGGACUGCCCCUUCUGGCUGCUCUCCAGUGCCUGCACCCUGGUCCAGGGAGCACUCGGCGGGACGCAGGGGCCACGGGUCCCACGCGAGUCACAGCCGCGCCCGCCCGCGCCCGCAGGCCGGCCGGCUCUUCGACCACGGCGGCACCGUGUUCUUCAGCGUGUUCAUGGCGCUGUGGGCCGUGCUGCUGCUGGAGUACUGGAAGCGCCAGAGCGCCACGCUGGCCUACCGCUGGGGCUGCUCGGACUACGAGGACAUCGAGGAGAGGCCACGGCCCCAGUUCGCCGCCUCGGCCCCCACGACGGCCCCGAACCCCGUCACCGGGGAGGACGAGCCCUACUUCCCGGAGAGGAGCCGCGUACGCCGCGUGCUGGCCGGCUCCACGGUGGUCGUGAUGAUGGUGGCCGUGGUGGUCGUGUGCCUUGUGUCCAUCAUCCUGUACCGGGCCAUCACGGCCACCCUCGUGUCCAGGUCGAACAACACCCUCCUCGCAGCCUGGGCCUCGCGCGUCGCCAGCUUCACGGGGUCGGUGGUGAACCUGGUCUUCAUCCUCGUCCUCUCCAAGAUCUACGUGGCCCUGGCGCACAUCCUGACGAGAUGGGAAAUGCACCGCACGCAGACCAAGUUCGAGGACGCCUUCACCCUCAAGGUGUUCAUCUUCCAGUUUGUCAACUUCUACGCCUCCCCCAUCUACAUCGCCUUCUUCAAGGGCAGGUUUGUGGGAUACCCGGGCAACUAUCACACCUUAUUCGGGGUCCGCAACGAGGAGUGUGCGGCCGGAGGCUGCCUCAUCGAGCUGGCACAGGAGCUCCUGGUCAUCAUGGUGGGCAAGCAGAUCAUCAACAACGUGCAGGAGAUUCUCGUCCCGAAGCUACAGCGCUGGUGGCAGAAGUUCCGGCUGUGCUCCAAGAAGAGGAAGGCGGGGGUUUCUGAGGCGGUUGGCCAGGCACCUUGGGAGGCCAACUAUGAGCUUCUGCCCUGUGAGGGUCUGUUCGACGAGUACCUCGAAAUGGUGCUGCAGUUCGGCUUCGUCACCAUCUUCGUGGCCGCGUGUCCGCUCGCGCCGCUCUUCGCGCUGCUCAACAACUGGGUGGAGAUCCGCCUGGACGCGCGCAAGUUCGUCUGCGAGCACCGGCGCCCGGUGGCCGAGCGCGCGCAGGACAUCGGCAUCUGGUCCCACAUCCUGGCUGGCAUCGCGCACCUGGCGGUCGUCAGCAACGCCUUCCUGCUGGCCUUCUCGUCCGACUUCCUGCCGCGCGCCUACUACCGGUGGACCCGCGCCCCCGACCUGCGCGGCUUCGUCAACUUCACGCUGGCGCGCGCGCCGCCCGCCUUCGCCUCCGCGCACAACCGCACUUGCAGGUAUCAGGCUUUCAGGGAAGAUGAUGGGCAGUAUUCUCCAACAUACUGGAAUCUUCUGGCCAUCCGCCUGGCCUUCGUCAUAGUGUUUGAGCUCAGCUCACACCUGGGGAGCAGGUGCGCACCCCUGGCCCCAUUAAGGCCACUGCAGGCGUCUGUCUUACCGAGGGGUGGGCGCCCUCCCACUGCUCGUACUAUGUCCUGCCCCCAGCACGUGGUGUUCUCCAUCGGCCGGAUCCUCGACCUCCUGGUACCCGACAUUCCUGAGUCCGUGGAGGUCAAGGUGAAGCGAGAGUACUACGCCGCCAAGCAGGCGCUGGCUGAGAAUGAGGCUCUCUCUGGAACAAACGGAGCAAAGGACAACUACUCCCAGAGCUCAGAGAGGAGUUUGGGCCCACAGCCUACAUUGCCAGGAGGUGGCCAGGCCUCACGAGUCCCUUCUCUCUGAGGUCACGGGGGUCACCCCAAGCCGGCAGUCCCACCUGGAGGUGAGGGACUCUGCUGCCCUGAAGAUGUCAAAGGCUCACUGCCCUCAGAGGCCACAGCCUACCUUCUGCCCCUUCUUGGCCCAGAGCUGUGGUGCCCUCGGUGACCCUGGGCCUCUGCUCAUGAGCCCUAGCCCCUCAGGUGCCGGCUGCCGCCCCCCAACGCCCUGCCCGCAGCAGCACCUGGAGCUUCCCUGCCACCUCCCUCCCAGCCCCCAGGGCAGGUGGCCCCGCACCAGAGAUGCUGGCCCCGACACUGUGGCUCAGGGCCCUCCCCACCCCCAGCUCUCUGCACGCGGGGCACAGCUCUAUCUCCCAUGUGCCACCGGGAGAGUCGCACUGGAGACUAGAACCAUCUAUGGGUCUCUAGUUACCACUCAAAAGCAUGUUGAAGACACCCCUGGUUCCACAGGACCGAGAACCGGCAUGCCGCGUGAUAAAACGAGUUCUAGCACA